AUGAACCUCCCAAAAGAAAAAAUUGAUAUUCAACCACUUCUCACUACUAAAAAAAUCUUAGCAAGGGCUUUAAAGGAAGGAACUAGUAGUGAGUUAGAAGAAAUGGGUGGAGUGCAAGCCUUUGAAAUGGCUUAUGAAUUGAGUUGGAAAACUUUGAAAAAAGUGUUAAUGAGUAAAGGAGUAGAGGUAUAUAGUCCUAAAGAAACUUUUCGUAAGGCUGCUGCGGAAGGUCUAAUUCGGGAAUUUGAAGUCGGAGGUUUGAAAGCAUUAGGCAAGUAUCCUUAUCAUUUUUAUGCUUAUGGUUCACGAGUAAAAGGAACAGCUAGAAAAUUUUCGGAUUUAGAUCUUUGUUAUCAAGAAGAAAUACCUCUCUCGGUUAUUAGUCAGUUGCGAGAAGAAUUCGCAGAGUCUAAUUUACCUUUUGAAGUAGAGUUAGUGAAUUGGAAGCAUAUGAGAGCAAAGUUUAGAGAAGCGAUUAAGCAAAAUUUAACUCCUAUUACCUAA